AUGGCGGGAGCCCUGCCGGCCCUGCAGCACCUAGCCAUACGCGACGUCGCCACCGCGCGGCCGCGCCGCGCCGCGCCCGACCCGCGCGGCUUUUCGCGCCUCGAGUCGCUUGAGCUGUCCGGCUUUGCCACGCCCGCGGCGCGGCUGCUGUCCGCGCAGCUGCCGCAGCUGCCCGGGCUGCGAAGGCUGGUGGUGGCGGAGAUGCCCGGGCUGGAGUCGCUGAGCCUGGGGGGGUUCCCAGGCCUGAGGGACCUGGCCAUCUCAAACGCCCCCGCGCUUGCCACGCUGCCGGGCCUAGCGGCCCUGACCUCCCUCACCUCCCUUGCCCUCGACGCCUGCCCCGCCGCCGCGCGCGGCGGCGCCGAGCCCAUGGCCGCCCUCGCCGCGCUGACGGGGCUGCGGGAGCUCCGCGUCACCGGGUGCCCCGCGCUGCACCGGCUGCCGGCGGCGGUCGCGGCGUUGACCGAGUUGACCAGCCUGGAGGCCGCCCUGCGGCUGCGGCCGGCGUCGCCGGCGUCGCCGCGGGUGGCGCGGGACUUUGCCGCGCUGGGCGGCGCCGUCGGCGGCGGCGGCGGGGACGGCGGGGACGGUGACGACGAGGGUGGCGGCGGCGCGCUGUUGCAGUGUCUGGGCCUGCGCCGGCUGGUGGUGCGCGGCUUUGGCGGCGCGCUGGUGUUGCCAGAGGGGAUGGAGCGCCUGACCGCCCUGCAGGACCUCGACUUGCAUGGCUCCCAGGGGCAGCCAGAACCCCCUGCUCCGCCCGGCGGCCCGCAAGCCGCAUAUGCUGGCGCCACCCAGGGCGGCGGCAGCGGCCAGGGAUUGCAAUCGUGA